AAUAGGCGAAACAGCUGAUUGCCAGCCAGCUGAUCGCUCGAUGUUGCGACAUACAUACACGCAUCGUGCUGAAGCGAGGAGUGUACCGAGAAGUCCGGCGCUGGCUCGCCUUCAAGAAACCGUGUUUUCUUUGUUGCUUGAGCUGAAAUAUAUUGCUAUCAGGAUUUUAGGUCUGUCAAACAUCUUCUGAUUUCACUUAAACCCAGAUCACUGAGAUACCCUUUUUGGAAUACGUGCCGAUGUUGGUCGACAGUUAUAUCAGCCGAUUCGUUAUUUCCAUCGCAGACGAGCAGCAAACGAAACCAAAAUGUGUUGCUGUUUGAAGAAUUCUUGGGGUUGGUUGAUCACAUUUGCAACCUUCCUUCUCAUAUUACCAGUCACGGGUAUUCUGAGCAGUUUUGGAGUCAUCUUUGUCAAAUUACAGGCCGAAUAUACAAUAUCUGAUUUCGCAUUAGGAUGGAUCGGGUCAGUGGCCUUUGGGAUUAUGUUCGCGGCAUCGCCGAUCUCUACCGGUCUCUUCAAGCGCUUCGGACAUCGUAAAGUCGCCAUCGUCGGCGUUCUCCUUUGCAGCGCCGGUCUCCUCCUCUCGGCCGCCGUGCCCAACCCCUACUACCUUUUCGCCACCUACAGUCUCCUGUUUGGUGUCGGCAGUAACUUCAUCGAUAACACAUCAUUAAACUUGAUCGGGACCUAUUUCCCGAGGAAGAACAGCGCCCGUGCAUCUUGUUUCGCCACUCUCGGAUGGAGUAUAGGUUCACUUGCUCUGAAUCCCGCCGUCGAGAUCCUUUGCGAGAAAUUCGGCUGGCGUAAGACCUUCAUCAUCCUGGGCUGUUGUCUCCUCGUGCAUGGGCUCGUCUGCGCUGCUCUCUUCAGGAAGAAAGUCGACUACGUGGAAAUUGAAAUCUCAGAAGAGGAAGACUCGGAGAACAAGGAAGAAUACUACAAUGACGAUGAGAUCAACGCCGGUGAUGAUGUAUUCAAAGCACAGCAGACAAAUGGGUAUAUCCCAGUCAAAGGAAACUUCCAGAUUGGCGAACCAGUUCUUCUUAGCACGCAACUUUCAACCAUUGAGGAAUCUGCACUCAGCAACGAGAAUAUCAAUCAGAACUGCCAUACCGGUACAGCGCCAGUGCAGAGAAAAGAAAGCGUGUCAUUCGCUCCAACAACUCAGCUACCAAGCGAUGGGGAGGAAGGGCUCCCGCGUAACGAUAGCAAUGUAUCACAAAUGUCAAGUAAUGGCUCAAGAAAAGACAGUAGGUCGAACUCUAGAGGACGGCAGGGAAGCAGCAACUCAGGGAAGAAUGACCAGAAUGGUAGGAGAGAGAGCUCGAUCUCCAGGAAAGACAGCACAGGCAAGAUGAGGAGAAAUAGCUCCAUGAGCAGCAGACGUGAUAGCAUCGUUAGUUUUAUCAGGAGAGAUAGCACUUGGUCAAGGAGAGACAGUACACGGUCAAGAAGGAUUCCCAUACCAGACAACACGCCAAAGCAUACAACCAAACAGUACAUCAAGGCUUUCUUACACACGAUGAGGGCGCCAGGCAUCUUAUUAUGGGGGACCGCCAACAUUCUCAUGAACAUGUCGCUCAUCUUUCCUUUUGUUAAUUUUAUAAAAUACAUGGAAACUAUUGGCAUCCCAUCAGCGAAAGGUGUCCACGUCCUCAUGGUAUUCGGGUUGUCGGACAUGCUCGGUCGAGGUAGUUCGGCUAUUUUCGGAGAUUACAUCCCUUUCCACACCGUAUACGUCUACCCGAUCUGUAACCUCAUCAUGGGUGCUGUGACGAUGUGUCUUCUGGUCAUUGACACCAUUUCAGGACUCUACGGUUACGCAAUAGUUGUAGGUACCCUGACAGGAGUUGUUAAUAGUAUGCUGCUCAAAGUUUCAAUGGAUCUAUUUGGUCAUAAGCUAUUAGCCGAGGCAUGGACAUUGACUCUUCUAGCCGCUGGCAUCGGUAUCACAUUCGGUCCUUCAAUAGCAGGUGCAUCAUACGAUUUAACGCAGUCGUUCGAUGUUGCAUUCUACAUCGGGGGUGGUAUCUACCUCCUUGCAGCCGUCGUUACCCUUGCCAUCCCUUUCGUCCAGAGGUGGAAGAAAUGGGUUCCAGAGAAGAAGUCCAAACCAGGGCUAGAUGCCUUGCCAGAGGAUGCCCUCCCUGAAAACUUAAGGAGACUAUCCAUCAAGCCUCUGGAAGACUCCAAGGCGAAGGCGGAGCAGCAGAAACAACAAGCAGAGGAACUUGAAAAGAGUGCGAAGCGACUGGAGGAAAGACUGACCAUUGUUUAGAAGUCUCCUUGAAAGAAAGAAAAAAAAACAGAAAUCGCCUUUGUGACAGGGUCCUUGUCAUGUUUGAGGUGACAGCGAAAUGAGCGCUCAGGGUUUGCUUUUGAAACAGGAACGACGCGCAGUCGGAUACCUGGCCCGCCCUCACCCGGACCCGCCUCUCGUUUUAUCUUUGCUUUAUUCACGAACAACUCGCCAAAGUUUCUCGCAAUAUUUUUAUGCUAUUCUGUGGGUUGUAUGCUAGUAUUGUAUUAUAGUGAGAGAAAGAAACAAGUCAAUCAAGCUUGAGAACCGUCUGGAAAAUAGUGCCUCAGAUCAUGUUUUUGUCAUGUCGUCAAUGUACUGACCUUUAACUUGUGGUAUUAAAAUUAAGAGCACAAAAAGGGGUUUCACGCAAACCUCAUAAUCUGUUGAAUUAACAGAUGCAACGUAUGUGUGUGUGUAGAAUUCAUUUUACCUUCGAACGCUUGAAAAGAUGCCAUUUAAAAAUGCAUCUUUCUGGGUAUGGUUCUGAUAAAGAAUCGGACACAAUCAUUAUUACCCUAAUUAUAUUAUGAUCAUGAUAUGUUUAUGACAUUAUUGUGCAGAUUGUACAUAAAGAGGAGAAGUUAUAUCCUCAUUCAGCUCUAUUUAAACCAAUGCUUGGUGAUUAUAUUUAAAUUGUAAAUAGAUUUUCAAACAAAGAACAUUGCAUAUGUGUGUUAUGCAUUUGCCUGAUGUAGCAAACUAUCUGCAUUGCUUAUAUCAUAAUGAUCUAUUAACGAUUCUGUUGCAUAUGAUCUGUGAACGAUGAUUCUGUUGUUCAUUUUUAAUGAUAUUACACGAUUCUGUUACUUUUUUAAUGAUCUAUUAACGACGAUUCUGUUGCUUAUUAGGGACGGUCAUCCUCAUUUCCAACUUUUGCUCCUUUCGAAAACGGAGUGCAAUUAUUUUGAAGAUUUUUCUUUGUCUUUCGAAUGAUACGCUGCAAAGUAUAUAUCUUAUAGUUGCACUUUAAGCAUUCAUUCUUGCAUAUUAUUACGAGGAAGCUUUAUCAUGGUCAAGCAAAUCAAAUGUAAACACGGGCUUCAUGAUAUUGGAUGUAAACAAAUAUUCCCGAUCUAGGUUGACAGGAUAUCAUUUUUUCCCCCGAAAUAUCUGAUUUGCCCAUCUUAUUAUGUCAUUGUGACUGUGUUAAUUGUGUAACAUUGUAGCGUUUGAAACCACAGUUUUCUUUUUAAUGUUUUAAAUUCGUUAUGCUUUAACUAAAUCUUUCAGUAUUAUAAUCACAUAAGCCUUCUAUUUAAUGAGCGCACUUUAUCAUAAUUAUUUUGCUCUGUCCGAAGCAUACCGAUACUAUACAGAUAAUGCAAAGUCCUUGUAUGUAGUAUUUAUUUUGGUUAUAGUUUGUAUGAUUUCGUUCAGUAGGAAACCCCUCUUGGUGUAAAUAAUAUUUGUGAUGAGAUUUGUAAAUGUCUUGCCACUAUUAGUAAAUUACGAUCGUAUCCUAAUAAUAAAAAAAACAAGUAUAUCAUUCGUAGCAAAUUAGUUUUAACCCCCCCCAAAAAAAAGAAUAAAUAAAAACAAACCCGCUGUUAGCUCGAGUAACCGUGAUACUUUCUCAUCUCAUCAACUUCAUCCAAACAUGACUCACACACUUUAUGAAUUGAAUAUUUCAACUCAAUAUUGGGGAGAUGUGUGCUACACGAAAUUUUAUUGAUAUUAUCGAAUGAAUGGACCGCACAUGUAUGUUAUUAGUGAAGUGUGUAAUGGAUUUUUUUUACUAGAUUUGGUAGAUGAAUCUUGCAAUGUGGGAAACAUUUUGAUAUACGAAUUAUACAAUAUUCGUAUGCUAAAUUCUCUUUCUCACUUUAUAACUUUCGAGUUCAUGCCCCGUAUUGUUAUUGACGUCACAAUAUUACUAUGAAUGUGUAGAGUGAAUAUAGUGAUAUAGCAUGUCGAUAAUAAUAUGCAAAGUGAUAGGAGAGCAUCACCUCUCUCACCACCUCUUGCUCCCUUUCAUCACCUCUCUCCCCUUCUCUCCAACUCUCACUCCCUCUCCUCAACUCUUAGUCCCAUAUUUCCUUCUGUUUAUUUCUUACCAUGCAUGCUCUGUCAAGUUCAGAAAGAUUAAAGUAGGCCAUCUGUACAUCAUUAUUAUAACAGAACAGUCACUGCACACUAAUACUCCGUGCUGGAGGAACAAUCCUCUAGGACAAACUGGUGGUAUAUAGUGUCGAUCUGUGCGAAUUACAGUUUGCAAAAGGUAUAUUAAACAUCAAAAACAUGAUAUUAUAUCGGCAGGCCUGAUGUUUGAAGCUGCAGUGUUGAUGUCAUUAAGGGGCCUGUAUUUAUAUUUUUGUGACUUGCACGUUGUUUAAAUAUUAAAGAGAUUUUAUCAGCGAUAUAUGGUCAUUAAAAGGGAAGGAAACACAAAGAGGUUAUUUUUGCAGCCUCAUAAACGAAAACGUCUUUGGAAAUAACGUGUUAGAUUGGAUUGACCAGGAGUCUGUUAUACGUUAGUGUAACUGAUGGUAUAUUGAAAAAAAGUGUAAUGUAGUAAUUAGUUGUGUACAUGAAAUAUUGACAUGCUGUAUUUAGUGUUUAGUAAUUAUCGUGCCUUGAUUUGUGGCAAUUUUGGUACAAUGUUAUAAUGCUCCCUUUUUUUCGGUAGUCAAGUCAACGUUUCCGACUAGGCAUACGGUGUUUUCUUCUCGAGCUGUCGAUGUCAUGUGAAUAUUCGUUCAAAAAAUACUUUUUUUCUUGAGAAAGAAACCAAUAAAAAAUUCAAAA